GAGGCAGAAAUACUCAACUUGACACAAAGGCCCUGGGCUGAGCCAGGGGCAUCCGCCUCCCGUCGGGCAUUGAGGUUACAGGACCCUGUUGAGGAACAAAACAUUUUGAAGUCAAUAACUCGCGAUACAGGAAGCCGUGGUCAAGCAGCCGUGAAUGUAGUGUUUACUGUUAUCUUGUGUCAUAAGUGUGAACCCACUAGCGCACACACACAUUUGAGCAGGUGCGGGUCACCCUAUCCCACUUCUUUAAUUAUGCACACAAAGAAGGCCCCCGUCUGAGGUUUGGGUCCAGGUGAUGCUGCUCCUUGCUCUGACUGUUCAUUGGCUGCUCCAGACAUAACAUCCACUGUCACUUUGUUGGUAAUUCCACAGUUUCCGGACCAUAUUAAAGAGGAGCUUCUGUUGCUUUGAAAAUCCGGACUGUGAAUUAACAGAGCCAACAUGGAAAACAGCAAGCAGCCAGUGAAGGAGGUGCUCCCCCUGCCUCGCCAUCCUUCUCCACUUCCUGUGACCUCUUCCUCUAUGACCCCCGCUGCCACUUUGAAGAAACACACCACGGGCUCUAUGCAGAAUGUACAGGUGGCCUCCUCAGUGGUGACGUCGUUCAGCCAUCUGAAGCCUCCAGAGAGGGAUCUCACCCUAAUGUCCCACAUGAAGUCGAUUAAGUCUCUGAGGCACGCUGGCUUCACCGCAGUCUUCACAGGACAGAAUAAGCUUGACUGUGAGGAUCUGUUGGAGGAGGUACCAUUCGUCGAUGUGAUCCUGGCUGACGUCGACGCCCUGGUGCCCACUCACGAUGAAGCCGGCAGCCCUAUAGCAGAGUGGAAACGACAGGUGAUGGUGCGGCAGCUGCAGCUCAGGCUGCAGGAUGAGGAGGAACAAAGGAGACAGUACAUAAGUAACGGCUACACAUCAGUGGAUGAUGGCUGGAAGUUCUCCCAAGCCUACAACGCAGUCUUGGGCCCCUUUGGUGAGCUUCUAACAGAGGAUGACCUGGUGUACCUGCAGCAGCAGAUCGAGACUGUUUCCCUGCAGAAGCGCUGCCAGGCCUAUGAGCUGGAGCUGACCAGGCUGACCCAGGAGCUGAGGGCCAUUUUACCUGAUCCAAUUGUAAACAUCUCCCUAAACAAAGAGGUCCUGCAAAAGAUGGACGCAGAGGGGAAAAUGUACCUGACAUUGCCAGCGUGGUGCAGUCGUGUUUCAGAGAUUGUUAAGAGCAUGUCACUGCUGGUGGCUAAUCUGACGCAAACCACAGAAGAAGGGGGUGAGAGGGGGAUAGUGGAAGGCAUGAUGGAGCAGAUGAAGGGUUUGCAGGGGGUAAGAGAUAGUUUAGGAAUUGAUUUAGGCCAGGAAAUGGUGCAACAUGGCCAAGUGAUGGUGUCAGCACAUGGUGAGACCUCUAGUGUGUGUAGGAUUCCUCAAAUAGGGAUGGCGUCGGCUUUAAGCCAUCGUCUGGAGACCAACAGCUAUGGCAGAGCCGGGAGGGAGAGGGUGGAGAGGGAGAUCCAACAGUCUGGGGUGUCGGUCAGAAACCUCAGAUCCAACUUUGAAGGUCAGAUUGGCAGUAUUUAUCCCUUUGCUGGGGUUAUGAAAGGAGGCCUGGGUUUGAACAGCCAGGUAGGGUUUGGAUCUUCAGGAGUAAACAACCAGAAUGCCAACACAGGCCUCAGCUGCGAGGUGAGUCACUGUGAUCUUCCUAAAAAACUUAUGCCUGUGAUGGAGACUACUAGCUUAAGGAAAGAGCGUAUUGUGGUGCUGUUCCUGAGCCAUUGGAAGAAAUCUGCAUAUGCUAUUUCAGUGAGAGCAGCAAGGCAGAGACAGGGACAGGAAGCACUGUCAAACACAGUGACAGGAGCGUCACCCCAACAGAAAAUCACCUCCAUGUUUCAAUUAUGCCAACAACGAGGUGUAGUGGCCAAGAUACUAAACUCCUGGAGGAGUAAACUAGAACUCAAAGAUGGACAAAAGUUCUGUUUGUCCUCCUCCAACUUCUCACAAAAUCCACCACCUCGAGUAGCAUUCUCCCCAGAGCAAUUCCUACCAGAUGUGAAUGGUGUUGCAGUGACCCAUGACAGCUUGACCCUUGACCUCUUCAUGCUGGGAUACUUCCACAUCUUAGAGCAAGAGCUGUCACCUGAGGAGAGAAAAAUGAGGCAUCUGCUCUGCUUCGAAGUCUUUGACCACAUUGGCAUUUUCUCCUGGGAGAUAGUGAGGGACUUCCACAAGGCCGUUCUCCAGGAAAUCCAGGCUGGGAGUCGACAGUGGAGCGACGGCUUCGAGGACAUCAAAAUUCGCUUCUUUGGGGACUCGAGACCAUGCCGCUGUCCAUCGCCAUCAUCGUCUUUAUUGUUGUCAGAUUCCAGACUCGUACCCAAAGUUAGAGUUCAAUCUGCUACUCCAGCCGAGUGUUGCACAGACUCUGGUUUCAGCAAAGAAGACAUUUGUGAAUACAUCGACCGCAGCUUUGCUUUCUGGAAGGAGAAGGAGGCAGAGCUGUUUGAUUUCAAACAGUAGUAUUAAGGGUAAAUUUGACAUUUUUGCACAUAUGGUGUCAUAUCGGAGUGUUUAUUUUUGUUUAACUGACAGGGGCUGAAUGAAAUUCUGUUGAGAAGACACUUAAGUUGUAGUUAUCGUUGUUAGUCAGUUAGUUGUUUACAUAGUAAUGACUGAAAAACAGAGGCCUUAAGUUAUGCAUUUACUUUUCCUUUAUAUCCAUUUUCUGCACACAAAAAU